GGCCAGAUUUGGGCUGCAUUAAUUUGCUAUCUGGGCGUUGGCCUGUUGAGGUGGCCCUGUCUCGAAAUAUUCGACUUGGCACAUAAUCUUCUUCAACGAGUUCCAUAAAGUCAGCCAUUUUUGUCCGUCAAACACUUUAAGUUGCGUUUUUCAGCCCUUAAGUAAUACUUAGGAAAUUAACGUUAAGGGCUUUAUACAACACUUAACGGGUUUUAAAGGAUUACUUAAGUAACACUUAAGUAUAUAAUUUUCAUUUAAGGAAAAUUCUAAGGAGUUUUUACCUUUCACUUAAAAAUAACCUUAAGGAUGAUUUUUUGCAACACCUUUAAAUUUCCCUUGAUAGAACUUGAGGGACAAUUUCACUUACGGUGCUUUAUGCAACCGGGCAAAGGUCCCUAGAGACAGACCGCAUUAAGGUCACGCCCACACUCGCUGUAAACAAUCUAACCCUCUAUUUCUAUUGCGGGUAGCUGCCUCAUUGUCAGUUAAGACUAAAAUACUGUGUGGCAGAAUGUGCAGCAAACAAGCCAAAACCCCAGAACUAAGUUUUAUAAGCUACCGAAUAGUAAAAGCCAACUGUAAGGAGACACAAGUGGAUACAGGCAAUUAAACCGUGAGCAUCAGUAGGAACAGAUCGGUACAUUUUGGGAUCCUGACUUUCAUUAUGCAUGUACGUGUACAGUAAAAAUUAUAUCACUGGUAAGUCAAAUGUUAUGUUUUAUAUUUGUUUAAAAACAAUGAAUGUAUACAGUCGCAGAUUACGUUUCCCUCCAGCCGGCGUUACGUCAGUUCUCAGAGUAAUGUGACGCCGCUCUACUUUUGUGUACUGUAGGCCUAUGUUUAAUUUGUAUUUGUCUCGUUUUAUUUGUGAAAGAAAAUAAAAUAAAAACGGGGGCUUAUUUAUUGUACACCAGCUUUUUUGUUGUUGUUAGAAGUCAGAAAUGACAAGGAGGCAGCGUCCCGCAAUAGAAAGUCAAUGGAGAGGGUUGGAUUUUUCACCGGUGUGGGCGUGGUUUACAUGUGAUAUAUCCCUCUGCAAAAGGAGAAGUGGGAGGGACUAUGACGUCACAAAAAGUCGGCGCACAUUUUUGGUGAAAAUGAAACUAAACUGAACUGGAAGCGUUUGAAUGAUCUCUUCAAAACAAUAUAUUUCAGACCUAUAAACAAACACCUGAUUACAGCUGGUACCCAUUAACAGAUGUCCCUGACAACCUGUCUUUGUUUUCGCACUAUAUUAAAGUUUGUUUAUAUCUAUGCUAUGUUUAUGUCUUGUGUUUAAUGUUUUAUUGUCCCUAUUUAUUACAUGUCUUUUAUUGUUAUGCACUUUGGUCAAUUUUAGUUGUUUUUAAACCAUGCUCUAUAAAUUAAGAUGUAUUGUAUUAUUGUGAAUAAAAUUAACUUUAAUCUACUGUAAAUUACCAGUUUCAUUUUCAGUAAAACGUUCACUGUAACUUAAAGUGUUUGUUGGAACUGUGUCAUAGCUACACUGUUGAGAUCAGACCUGUAUGCUAGUAAUGCGAUUUGUGAUGUAGCCAAACAUUUUAAAGAAGUGCAAUGGCAGAAUCUUCACCAACAUCGCCACAACCAAAACGGGCCAAGAGAGAGUGUAGAGAUGAACCUUCAGCUCUGUCAUCUUCCAAUGUUUGUCUGACUGAGGAGCUUCAGUGUUCUGUGUGUCUGGAUGUGUUCAAUGAUCCAGUCAGCACUCCAUGUGGACACAACUUCUGCAAGAGCUGUCUGAAACCGUACUGGGACAACAGUCACAUCUACUCGUGUCCAAUGUGUAAAGAAACAUUCAGUAAAAGACCAGACCUCAAGAUUAACACAACACUCAGACAGGUUGCACUGCUUUUCAUAGAAACAUUUAAUCAGAGAAGAUCUGAAGUUCUCUGUGACAUCUGUGAUGAAAGAAAGCUGAAAGCCCUGAAGUCCUGUCUGGUGUGUCAGGCAUCUUACUGUGAAACUCACCUGGAGCUUCAUCAGAAACUUCAUUCAAAGAAACACAAACUGAUGGAUCCUGUGGAGAACAUAAAGGACUAUAUAUGUCAGAAACACGAGAGACCUCUGGAGCUCUUCUGUAGAGAUGAUCAGACAUGUGUGUGUGUGUUUUGUACUGAAGGAGACCACAAGACUCACAACACUGUUCCUCUAGAGGAGGAGAGUAAAGACAAGAAGACUCAACUGAAGAAGACACAGACAAACGUUCAGCAGAUGAUCCUGGAGAGAAUCAAGAAGAUUCAAGACAUCAGACACUCAGCAGAACUCAGAAAAAGGAACACAGAUGAGGAGAAAGCAGCGAGUGUUGAGGUCUUCAGCGCUCUGAUCAGAUCCAUUGAGAGAUGUCAGACUGAGCUGCUGGAGAUGAUGGACGAGCAGCAGAAAGCAGCAGAGAAACAGGAUGAAGAUCUCAUGAAAGAUCUGGAGCAGGAGAUCACUGAGCUGAAGUGUAGAGACAGUGAGCUGGAGCAGCUCUCACACACUGAAAAUCAUCUCCACCUCAUACAGAUUGACCCAUCCCUAUACAGUCCUCCACACACCAAGAACUGGUCUGAGAUCAGUAUGAAGACUGAUGUGAGUGUGGAGACUCUGAGGAGAGCUCUGACUCAACUGCAGGAGACUCUAGACGACAAACUCACUCAAACUGUGUUGAGGAGGAUGCAGCAGUAUGCAGUGGAUGUGACUUUGGAUCCUGUUACAGCUCAUCCGAAACUCAUCCUGUCUGAAGAUGGAAAACAAUUGAAACUUGGAGCCAGAAAACUUAAACUCCCAGAUAAUCCAGAGAGAUUUAAUAGGUCUGUCAAUGUUCUAGGAAAAGAGGGAUUCUCUUCAGGGAGAUUUUAUUUUGAGGUACAGGUGAAGGGAAAAACUUACUGGACUUUAGGAGUGGCCAGAGAAUCUAUUAACAGGAAGGGAAAGAUCACAUUCAGUCCUCAGAAUGGAUUCUGGACUGUGGCUCUGAAGGAUGAGCAUAAUUAUUUGGCCUGUGUUAAUGCAGAUAUCCCUCUGUCUCUGAGAGUGAGUCCACAGAUGGUGGGGGUGUUUGUUGAUCAUGAGGAGGGUCUGGUCUGUUUUUAUGAUGUGGAGAACAGAUCUCAUAUCUACUCUUUCACUGGUCAAACUUUUGCUGAGAAACUCUUUCCAUACUUUAGUCCAUGUCGUAAUCAUGAGGGCAAAAAUUCAGCCCCACUGAUCAUCUCACCUGUCCAUUACAACAAAUGAAUUUACACACAGGAUAUACAGUAAAAUACUACAUAAAAUCGAAGUUAUGAUAAUGAAAACAUUCAUUAGCAGUCCAAAUCUGAGUUUUUACACGAUCCCUCGUCCACCCCAUCACCUCACUCUUGGCUGUUUUCUAACCCAGUUAAAGAAACGGGGGAAUACUCUGGGUACGGGCAAAGCAGAUUCGAGAUCAGAGCACUCCCCUUAGACAGCAAGCCAAAUACAUCAGGGGUGUCCAAAGUCAGUCCUGGAGGGCCUGUGUCCUGCAAAGUUUAGCUUCAACCCUAACCAAACACAUCUGAACACCUAAUCAAGGUCUCACAAAGCAGACUUGAAACUUCCAAACAGGUGUGUUAAGCCAAUUGGAGCUAAACCCUGCAGGACUGUAGCCCUCCAGGACCGACAUUGGACACCCCUGAAAUACGCAGUAUCAUCAUACAUGUAACAUAUUUGAUGACAUUUUCAUACGAUCUCAUGAAUGUUUGGUAAGCAUUGUAAACAGCAACACCAUUAUUAUUAGUAUUUUUAUUUUGUUCUUUUUAUUAUCACUUUUGUAACAAUAUUCUUUUCUCCUACACCUUGUCACUUCUAUUUCUGUAUUUAAUAAAUUCUCUUUAUUAUGA